UAUAAUGGCUCCCGGAGUGAACAUUUUAGCUGCCAUGGUUCCAAAGAUUAAAGAAGCAGUUGGGAAGAAACUUUCCAAGUUUUCUAUGAGAUCUGGAACAUCAAUGUCUUGUCCGCAUGUUUCCGGGGCUGCUGCAUUCGUUAAGUCAGUUCGCCGUCGAUGGACUUCUUCUAUGAUCAAAUCCGCGCUUAUGACCACCGCAAAGACAUACGACAACAGGAGGAAGGUAUUAACAAACAGCUCAAGCCACAUAGCAAAUCCACACGAGGCAGGAUCUGGAGAAAUGAACCCAAUUAAGGCUCUAAAUCCAGGGCUAGUCUUCGAAACGACAACACAAGACUAUCUUCAAUUCCUUUGUUACUAUGGCUAUUCGCAAAAGGACAUAAGAAGCGUGGCGUCAAACACGAAGUUCAAAUGUCCCGAACAUUCUAACAAAGAACUAAUCUCCAACAUUAAUUACCCCUCCAUUUCUAUCAGCAAGCUCCGCAGAAACCAAUCCAAAGUCAUACAAAGAACUGUCACUAAUGUGGGACCCUCCAACUCCGCAUACAUUGCUAAGGUUCAAUCUCCCAAGGGCUUAGUUGUGAAGGUUAUUCCGGACAAGAUUGUGUUCACAAAGGGCCUGAAGAGAGCUCCUUUUGAGGUGUCGUUUUUCGGUAAUAAGGAGGCUGCUAGUGGCUACAACUACGGAUCUAUUACUUGGUUUGAUGAUCGGCGUUCUGUUCGUGUUGUGUUUACUGUGAAUCUUGACUAAUU